GUUGGUGGAGAGAGGGGAGAGAUGGCGGAUGUUGGCGAGAAACUCGUGAUCUACUCGUCUCUUGUCCCCUCGUUGCGUGAAUGGUUGGGCAUUGAGCCGAGAUCGAGCAUGGAACAUCGAAAGCAACGGGCAUCGAGCAUCUGGUAGCGUGGAUAGUGGAGAGUAACGAACGUGACCCCCGCUCGUCGCCGAUCGGUUCGCAGUUCUCGCACAACUCGCGGCUCCCGUCUCUCCCGUCUCUUUCGUCUCUCGCUCCGAUUAUCGCUCGACACGCGCGUCCUAGCUUCUACCAGUGGGGAGGCGCCACGCUAGAAAGCAAAACUCGAGAACAUCGCUGUGUCUCGUAAUCGCGAUCGUUUCGUUGAGAAAAGUAUCGUAGAUCCUAGUUUGUUCGCGGCGAGUGGCGUCGCGACGCUACAAUCCGCGGCGCGUCGCGUCGCGACUUUCCUUUAAUACAAACUUUACUACUUUUAGUAGUAAAAGUACAAGAAUGGAGGAAUCUGGAAUUGACAUGGGUUUCGAUCUGGCAGCAAUUACCGCUGAUUUGGAGCAACGCGAAGCAGAUUUGUGCGAUCGUCGAUGUCAAGAGAAACAAAACGGAAUAAUUGGUAUCGGUGAAGCAAAUUGCGGUGAUAAACAAGAAAAUGCAGAUAGAAAUAACCACGAGAAUUGGGAACAGGCUUUAUCGUUUUUGUCGACACCGCUGCAAGACAUCAUGUACUACGAAUUAAAGAGUCGAGCACCGAAUAUCGACAGUCCACCUACGUUUAAGACUGCGACACCCACUUCACGUACGCAACUAAAACUUCAGCUGAUGCGAGAACAGCUGCAGGAGCAGGAGAGGCGAGAGGCUGAAUUCCGUCAGAAUUUGCAGCAACAGAGACCAACGGCUGCACCUCCCAGACCCGUACCUUCUACCACGCUCUCCACCAUCGGGGUAGAUGUACCACCGCAAGUUUUACAGGUACGGACACUGUUGGAAAAUCCGACACGCUAUCACGUUGUUCAAAAGCAGAAGAAUCAAGUUCGGCAAUAUCUUCACGAGUCUUUCCGCGGCAACGGUACCGCCGCUGCUGCAGAUGAAAGCAGCAUCCUCGGUAGAAAUUCCGUCGAAGCUGUGCCGACAUCCGCGCCAAUGGUUGUACAGAGUGCACCACCGGGGCCAACGAUACAUCAUCCAAAGCCGCAGCAUCCUCAUCUGGCCUCGUAUCCACACGGUCCUACGAUAUUGUCGCACGGUAAUCCGGUUGCCGCUAGUCCAGAUCCUACAACUGGUGCAAUGUCUCCAGGACUUUCCAGUGUCGCAACUAGCAAUUCCGAGGCGGAGGAUCUUUUGGACGACAUUUUGUCGUUUGAAACUAACUCCCUAAGCGAUAAUUUAAAGGAUAGUCAAUCAGGAAGCCUGUCCAAUAUUCCAGAGCUACAAAUCAAACCAGAACCUUUGCUACUUACGGAGGCGGAGAUACAUGCGCUUGCUAAAGACCGACAAAAGAAAGAUAAUCACAAUAUGAUCGAGAGACGGCGACGAUUUAACAUCAACGACAGAAUCAAGGAGCUUGGCACACUCUUACCUAAGACAAACGACCCAUAUUACGAAAUAGUCCGAGAUGUUAGGCCAAAUAAGGGUACGAUUCUCAAGUCGUCGGUCGAGUACAUAAAAUUGUUAAAAAAUGAAUUGACCAGAAUGAAACAAAACGAACUCAGACACAAGCAAUUGGAACAUCAGAAUCGUCGACUUCUUUUACGGGUUCAGGAGUUAGAGUUGCAGGUAAAGGCACACGGGCUUCCAGUUUCUGACUUCAAUUGGGCCUCGACUUCUGGUAGCAUGCUCAACGCCUUUCCCCGAAACAAGCUCGAGCAACGUAAGAUUCCAGAAUUAGUUACCGAAGAACCGACAAGCUUAAGUAUGUCGCAACUCGAAGAUCUGAUGGAGGACGAUGGAAACGGUCCGAUUCAUAGCGGUGAUCCGAUGCUUUCAUCUCCCCAUCUUCCACCGUUAAGUCCAACACCGACCGGCUGUCAACAUGCCCUACCGGACGAAGACACGUUGGGCAGUUUGGCCCCGACCACACCAAAUUCCUCCUCUGAUAUGGAUAUUGUCGCAUAAUAGGAUUCCAAGGAUAACGUUGUUGCGAUUAUUCGUCCUAGAUACGUUCCAACUAGGCACACGUUCAAAUUUCAUCGUAAGAACAGAGUAACAAGCGUGAUACAAACGACACGAAAUAGCGAUACGAAGAAAAACGAACGGGAACUGGUAAACGUUCUCCCAUAAAACGAUACACGCGUUAUCUUCUUAUCCUUUUUCCUUUCAACGGCUGGCCGUUAUCUACAUACUAUAAAAACUAUAAUGAUAUGUGAAACGAGAUUUAGUAGAAUUAUUUUUUCGAAAGUUUACAUACUUUCACCUAUUCAAACAGUCCAGAGGGGCUCUUAAAAGCGUAUUCGUAUGGUUGCGAAGCAACCAUUAAUUCCUCGCGAGUUUCGAAUACUUACGGGUAUAUAACGGAUAACGGAUGCGUUCAAUACCUAUAUUUCACAAACAAAGGUACUCGCGCAGGACGCGAGUUCGUCGACGAACGAACAAGGAACUAAGAUAUUUUAAGAUACCGUUUCGAUUUGUCCAAAGUUUGACAGAUACUAUGAAUGUUUCUUUUACUUUUAUCAAUUACUCUCAAGGUUCAAUUGCGUUCUAUUGCGUUGCGUUGAGUUGCGUUGCGUUGCGUUGCGUCGCGUUGCGUCGCGUCGCGUUGCGUCGCGUCGCGUUGCGUUGCAUCGAAUCGCAUUAUUAGAAGCGAAGCAUUCUGCGAUAUUCGAAACAGUCCGUUCAAGCUUUUUUCCACAUUUUUUCAUCAUCCUCCUUCCCCAUAUUUGUUUCAAUUCUUGCAGCAAUGCACAAAGAGAAACUACGAUACGUUCCAUCGUAAUUUUGUUAGCCAAUUUUAUGCUAAAAAUUAAUUAAUCCUUUCUCUCGUCGAAAAAUUCACGAUUUGAUAAGGAACAUAAAACAAGGGGAUCACGCA